ACGCCGCCAUGCCCCUCAUUCUUGUUCGAGCUCCUGAGCUCGUGUCUGCGCCGGAACCGGCUUUUCCGGCCAUAGACAAUCUUUAUGGUGCAUACCUGCUUGGGACGUUCGUGAGCCUCAUGCUGUUCGGCGUGAGCGUUCACCAGCUGUACCGCUAUGCGCGUACAUCCAAAACAGACACCUUCCUCAUUCGUUCAUUGGUUGCAACUGUUAUGGCGUUAGAAACGCUACAUACCGUCUUUUUGAUGCACACAUGCUACUACUAUCUUGUCACGAAUUACGCCGACUUCACUGGCGAAAAAAUAACGCAUAGCGUCUGGUCUAUGCAGGUCACGCCAGUCAUUACGGCGUUGAUCACCUUGAUAUCGCAAGUUUUCUUCGCGCGGCGAGUGUCCUUACUUGGAUUCCGAUAUCGCGUUCUGGUCGCGCUUGCGUCCCUUGCCCUGCUGGCCCACGUGGGCUUUGGACUAGCGAUUACGAUAGACGCGAUCAAGUUGGACAGUCUUAGCGGAUUUGACCGAGGCGGGGACUGGCUCUUCCCGCUCGCCACCGGAUCGUCGACCGUCGCCGACCUCAUGCUGUCCAGCGCGAUCAUCAUCUCGGUGCGGAAAAGUCGUGCGGGAAAUGCACGCCCCAAGGUGGCUGAGGGUCCCUUCGACGUCGCGGUACUCUACGUCUUGAACAGCGGUCUCCUCACAGGCCUCGUCAACCUACCGCCCGCCAUUGCUGGCAUCUUCCUGCCACAAACCUUGAUCUGGGCAGGCCUCAGCUUCGUCGGCGCAAGACUCUACGCUAUCACAUUGCUCUCGGUCCUCAACUCACGAAAAUUCUCCGCCACCCGCGGCAUGGAGAUAUUCGACGCGGCCAGUUUCGGGCCCAACAUCAUCGCUCGCGCGAACCACAUAGCCGCCGUCGAGCGGUGGAAUACCCCAAAGGUUCUGGACGAAACCCCUGCCAAGAUUGAUAUCAGUGUCGAGGCUGAGGUCGAGGUUGACCACGAACUUGGCGAGCGGCAUUACGGCGGCCGCAAGUCUUUCGAUUCUGAAUAUGCAUAA